CUGGGCCUGCUGGUCCUGAUGCUGCUGGUCCUCCGCAAGAAGCACCUGCAGAUGACCAGAGAAUGCGGCACAGAGACGUUCGUGAACUUCGCUUCGUUUGAAAGAGACGGGAAGCUUCCUUAUAACUGGCGAAGAAGCUUCUUCGCCUUCCUCACCCUGCUGCCCUCCUGCCUCUGGACCGACUAUCUGUUGGCUUUUUAUAUUAACCCUUGCCCUGUGCAGCUCGACGACUUCGACUCCUACUUCAAGGAAAUGAGCAAAGACUCGGCCUACAAGUUCUCCCUGCAGUUUGAGGAGCUGAAGAGCGUCGGUCUGGAUCUUUCCCAUGAUGCAGCUGACCUGCCCGUCAACAGGCCCAAGAACAGAUACACCAACAUCCUGCCCUACGACUUCAGUCGUGUGAGUCUGGUGUCGAUGUUCGGUGACGAAGGAUCAGAUUACAUCAACGCCAACUACAUCCCCGGCCACAGCAGCUCCAGUGAGUACAUCGCCACCCAGGGGCCGCUGCCAGAGACACGCAACGACUUCUGGAAGAUGGUUCUGCAGCAGAGGAGCGUCGUCGUGGUGAUGCUGACCCAAUGCACCGAGCGGCGCCGGGUGAAGUGUGACCACUACUGGCCGUUCAGCGAUGAGCCCGUGAUGUACGGCGAGGUCAGCGUGGAGAUGCUGUCGGAGGCGGAGUCUCCAGAGUGGACCGUCAGGAAGUUCAGGCUGGGAUACGCCGACGAGUCUCAGGACGUGCUCCACCUGAACUACACCUCGUGGCCCGACCACGGCGUCCCCACCGCCGGCGCCAUCGACAGCGUCCUGCAGUUCGUGCACCUGGUCCGGCAGCAGGCCCACCGCACCAGAGACCCCGUCAUCGUGCACUGCAGUGCGGGCGUGGGCCGCACCGGGACCUUCAUCGCUCUGGACCGCCUCCUGCAGCUCGUCAGGGAGCAGGACGGGGCCGACGUGCUGGGCCUGGUGGCCGAGAUGCGCUCGCACCGCCUGUCCAUGGUCCAGACCGAGGAGCAGUACGUGUUCAUCCACCAGUGCGUCCUGUUGAUGUGGAAGAAGAAGAAGCAGCAGACGCUCAGCAAUGAUGUCAUCUACGAGAACAGCAAGACAUAGAGACUCUAUUCCUGGUCUUCAGGCUGUGGCUCCGCCUCCUGGUCUUCAGGCUGCGGCUCUGCCUCCUGGUCUUCAGGCUGCGGCUCCGCCUCCUGGUCUUCAGGCUGUGGCUCCGCCUCCUGGUCUUCAGGCUGCGGCUCCGCCUCCUGGUCUUCAGGCUGCGGCUCCACCUCCUGGUCUUCAGGCUGCGGCUCCACCUCCUGGUCUUCAGGCUGCGGCUCCGCCUCCUGGUCUUCAGGCUGUGGCUCCGCCUCCUGGUCUUCAGGCUGCGGCUCCACCUCCUGGUCUUCAGGCUGCGGCUCCGCCUCCUGGUCUUCAGGCUGUGGCUCCGCCUCCUGGUCUUCAGGCUGCGGCUCCACCUCCUGGUCUUCAGGCUGUGGCUCCACCUCCUGGUCUUCAGGCUGCGGCUCCGCCUCCUGGUCUUCAGGCUGCGGCUCUGCCUCCUGGUCUUCAGGCCUCAUAAGAUCUGCUUCAUUAUUAGAAUCAAAGAACUAGAACAUCUCCAGUAGGAGGUUUAGUGCUUCACGUUGGAAGGAGCCUUGAGGGCCCUUGAGGGGCCUUGAGGGGCCUUGAGGGACCUUUUGGGGCCUUGAGGAGCAUUGAGGGGCCUUGAGGAGCAUUGAGGGCCCUUGAGGAGCCUUGAGGGCCCUUGAGGGGCCUUGAGGAGCAUUGAGGAGCCUUGAGGGGCCUUGAGGGACCUUUUGGGGCCUUGAGGAGCAUUGAGGGGCCUUGAGGAGCAUUGAGGGCCCUUGAGGAGCAUUGAGGGGCCUUGAGGAGCCUUGAGGGGCCUUGAGGGACCUUUUGGGGCCUUGAGGAGCAUUGAGGGGCCUUGAGGAGCCUUGAGGGGCCUUGAGGAGCAUUGUGGGGCCUUGAGGAGCCUUGAGGGACCUUGAGGGGCCUUGAGGAGCUUUGAGGGACCUUGAGGAGCAUUGAGGGACCUUGAGGAAUCUUCACUGACCCGUUGAACCACGAGCCCUAACCCCCUGACCCGGACCGACUCCGUGGGGAGGCGGAGCUUACCGACGCUGUCCUUUGAUUGGAUGUCUCCACUGUGUGGCGGCGUGCUGAGUCAGCAUCAUUUUCCUUUCUUGAUUUUAAUCUCAGGAGUCGAACCAACAACCAGCGAGCAAGCCGCCUCCUCCUCCUCACAGGUCACCUCCUCCUCCUCCUCUUCCUCACAGGUCACCUCCUCCUCCUCCUCACAGGUCACCUCCUCCUCCUCCUCUUCCUCACAGGUCACCUCCUCCUCCCAGGUCACCUCCUCGUGGGCGUAAAGCCGACAACCUGAAAGAACCCAGCGAGAAGAGAGGAAGUUAAGAAAGCACAAAGUCUAACACUAAACUCAUUACUAUGAACGUUUCUGUCCAAGACAGAAGGGACUCGAACCCUCGACCCGAAGGGACUCGAACCCUCGUCUCCCGUCCCAUCAGGGGCCGAGAGCCAGAGGUUGAGGCCUCAGAGCCGCCGGCUGGAGAACCCACAACGUUCUCCGGAGCUUCAGGAUCAGAUCCGAAAGAUGUACUCAAACUGCCAAAAGAGACGAAGAGUCAUCUACUUAUUGAGGUCAUUGAGGCCAUCCAGGGCAUAGAGGCCAUCGACUUCUUCAAAGUCAUCCACCAAUUCAAGGUCAUUGAGGCCAUCGACCUCUUCAAGGUCAUAGAGGUCAUUUAGGCCAUCGACCUCUUCAAGGUCAUCUGGGUUCUUUAAACACAUUUUAACUUGUUGGAUAUUUUUGUUUGAUUAUUGUUUUAAUUUUUUAAGAUUUUGCACAAAUAAAUUCAGGUUUUAAACCACACAUUUGAUAAAGUUUACAAAAUGUGGAAAUACAAAAAUAUGAUGUAAAAUAAACACGAUAAAGACCCUCAUGAUAGGAACGUUCCCUUCAUCGUGGUGAUUAUUGAAUCAAACCCUAAAUGUAUAAUGCAAACAUUCUUUUGUUUUGAUCCCAAAAUUAGAUUUUACGAAAUGUUUUAUUAAUAUACUUUUGUAAGAUGCCCCAAAUACAAAAAUAUUGGGUCAAACUACCAAAAGAAAUGAUUAACGCUGAAACUUCAGAUUAUUGAUCUGAACUUUUGGGACGUUUUCAGAAUAUUUGUCUAAACAACAGAAAAUACUUUUAUUUUCUCAUCUUCCUCGUUUCCUUGACGACUUUAGAGAAUGUUCCCAGAACUCGCCAAAAUAAGAGGGUAUACCUCAACAGAAACAAAAAUCUAUUGAUCGGAUUGUUUUCAGAAUUUACUUCACUUCUAUUUCAGUUCAUAAUAAUAAUAAUAUAAUAAUAAUAAUAAGCUAUUUUCUGAGGUUUUAGUGAAUCAUUUAAGUUCAAACUUGAACAUCAUAGUUUCAGUUGUUAAAAUAAAUCAGUCCUUAAUCUUUAAUCUUCACACAAUAAGACAAACAAACUAAAGUAACAACUUUGUCAAAUAUUUAAAGAGAAACAGCUUCUGAACUUCAUCUUCAAAUAGAAUUCAACCCCAAAAUCAAAUCUGGGAAACUUUGUGAAGUUUUGAAAUAUCAAUUUAUUUCCAGAGUCUGGACCCGGUCUAAGGGUCAGAACCGGACCUGUGCCUACGGGUCAGAACCGGGCCUGUGCCUACGGGUCAGAACCGGGCCUGUGGGUUUCCUGUACAUACGGCUAACUGUUUCUCCUUGUCGUCGCUCGGUGGUUUUUGUUCUUUAGAAGUUUGUUUCUUGUUUUUUUGGAAAUUGUCGUAAACGUGAAACAUCGAAUCACCGAGAACGUCUGAGGACGAAGGGAACGCACUCUGGAGAACCGAAGCCUGCAGGCGGCGAGGAGGGCCCGCCCGUGGGCGGUGAGGGGCCCUCGCCGCUCAUUGAGUCACUUUGUCAGUUUCUGUGUUUGUGGUGAACUAAAAAAUGUUUUUGCCGUCA